AUGGACCAAAAGACCAGAGUCACCCUCCUUGAGCUUGCUGCAAAGAGUCUGCUGAAUAAUGAGCCUGCAGCUAUCCAUGCCCUGGACGAAAUCCCAAGAGACCUCUUUGUUCCAUUGUUCAAUGCUGCCUUCUUGGGUGGGCAUAAGACGAUCCUAAAGGCAAUGGUGAUCCACCUGAAAAGCCUUACUCUGUGUAACAUCCCCUUUAAAACUUAUAAUAGAAGGAACUUCAGAUCUUUUCUCCUCUGCCUUGGGCGGCUGGACGAUCUCCAGGAGCUCAGCUUGUCUUUCUUCUGCCUUACAGAUCAACUGCACAAACUGCUCAGAGCUGUGCCACCUCAGUUGGAUUCACUGUAUCUACCUUACUGUCACCUUUCUCACAGAGAUGUCACUGUCCUGUCCCAGAGCUCUCAGGCCACCCACCUAAGGGAAUUGAGUCUCAGUAACAACCACAUCUUCUCAGAGGUUUAUGAGCCCUUCCAGACUCUGCUGGAGAAGGUCUCAAGCACCCUGCAACAUCUGGAGAUAAACAAUUGUAUGAUAACUGAUUCUACUCUCUCUGCCGUCCUCCCAGCCCUGAGCCACUGUACCCACCUCCGUGUCCUUAGCUUUGCCUUCAAUCCCAUUACAAUGCCUGUGCUCAAGAGCCUUCUGCAGCACUUGACCUCCUUGAUGAAGCUGAAGUANAUCCAAGAUUAA